GGACCAAAACCUUGUCCUCCACAUAACAAUCACCAUCCUUCACAUUUAGACCACCAUUCCAAAUUCGCCGGGGCACGUGACUCGCCGUCACCGUCGCUGCAACCCCCCCCCCCCCUCUUCCCCGGAUCUCCGAUCACGUGACCUUCCCCUCCUCCGGUUCAUGACCGGAGCUAGCUUCUCCAGUCGAUCUACAGCUUUUUAAGUCCGAAUCUGAAUCACAGCUUUCCGCCCAUGGCGACGAGGAAUCGGACUUUGCUUUACAGAAAGUACCGGGAUGCGUUGAAGACCGUCCGCUCUCCGGUCGGCUCCUCCGCCUCGGCGUCCACCAGCUCCGGCGCCGGAGGUCCCGUCAUCGAAUUGUCUUCGCUUAUGCAUAAGAAUCGAUCCUAUGCUCCGCUCAGUACUGAAGAUCCCGGUAAUUCAAGCAGGGGUGCAAUUACUGUUGGUCUACCGCCAGCAUGGGUGGAUGUAUCUGAAGAAAUAGCAGUAAAUGUGCAGCGGGCACGGGUAAAAAUGGCUGAGCUGUCCAAGGCUCAUGCAAAGGCUUUAAUGCCAUCUUUUGGAGAUGGUAAAGAAGAUCAACGCUUGAUUGAGAGUCUUACACAAGAGAUUACUGGAUUAAUAACGAAAUCUCAGAAGAGACUACAAAGACUUGCUGCAGCUGGGCCUUCAGAAGAUUCAAAUGUUAGAAAGAACGUGCAGGUAUCUCUUGCUACGGACCUUCAGAGCCUCUCUAAUGAGCUUCGUAAGAAACAAUCAAAUUAUUUGAAACGCCUCAAACAGCAAAAAGAGGGUCAAGAUGGGGACGACCUUGAGAUGAACCUAAAUGGAAGUAGAUCAAGAAUGGAUGGUGAUGAUUUGGAUGAAAUAAUGUUUCAUGAGCGUGAGACGGCCCAGAUUAAGAAACAUGAAGCAUUCACAGCAGAAAGGGAAAGAGAGAUUCAUCAGGUUGUGGAAUCUGUGAAUGAGCUUGCCCAGAUUAUGAAGGAUCUGUCAGUUCUAGUGAUAGACCAGGGAACUAUUGUUGAUAGGAUAGACUACAACAUACAGAAUGUUGCAAGUACAGUUGAGGAUGGCCUCAAGCAAUUGCAAAAGGCCGAGAGAACACAGAAACAAGGAGGAAUGGUGAUGUGCGCUACAGUACUUGUAAUCAUGUGCGCUGUCAUGUUGGUGCUCCUAGUCCUCAAGGAGAUACUUUUUUGAUCUGACAGGAUAGUCGGUUCCAGAUUUUGGUUACAUUCUGAUUGUCAUAACCCUUCCUUGAGAGGCUUCAACACGAGAAGAGAUACUCUCCCUAGCAGAAGACGAGGAGUUUUGGCGUGCCAUAGGUAGAUAUACUUCAUAAAAGUGAUUAUUUUGUUGUAUCCUCCAUAUUUCUGGGUAUUAUUGAACAGAGGGAGGGGGGAGGGUAGCGAUUGGUUGGGGAAUGAAUGCCCUGGAAAUUGUAUAGAGCACAUAUUGUAUGUUGUUACUUGAGGAAGGGUGUUUGCCAAUCGAUCUAUGUUGAUUCUUUUGACUUCAUUUGUCCGGGAUUUUGGUGCUUUCCUUCCCCAGCACCAUACGAGUAAGAUGAGGGGCUUUUAUUUGUUUCAUAGUUA